GCGAAGGGUGCCACGCUUGCAUCUGCCACUCCCCUCAUCAACCUCGUUCGUCCGUCUCGUCGUUCUCGCUCUCUUUCGAAAACUACCAUCUAAUCUGGCAUAAUCAAAAGCAACAUCAGUUCUUCUUCUUCUUCUUCGUCAGCCAUGCCUACUGCUUUACCCAUUCCGAAUCAGCAACGCCCACAUCACAUCCCCAUCGCGCCCUCCCCCGCCGACAACACCAACAUUUCCCCCUCUCAAAGAUGGGUCGGUUCUCCAAUGUCCUACAAGCUCAUAGGUUCCUUGGGCAGUCGCUUCUAUCCAAGCACUAGUCCUGGUCCCUUCACUGGUCCCCUAGAUCUAAACGACUUUAAUGGUGGUAUUCCGUCAUCUAUCGAGAGCGAUCAUGGUCGCAUUUUCCGCGCCAUCCACAUGGGAGAUGAAGCCUUACUCAAAGAUGAAUUAAUUCAAGAUUAUGCUUGCUGUGGUCUUGAGCUACAUGACUUGCACGCUCUCUUGGAGCAUUUUGAAGAAGCACAUGUCGUCGUACUUGACUCACCUCAACUUCGACCUACACCUCAGUCGGAUGCUCACAACGAUGCAUUCGACCCUGAUGCUAUGGAACUCGACGAGGACGAUUCAGCCCCGUCCUCCUCUGCUUCUUCACCACCGUCCACACCCCCUCUCGACUCCGCCUCAUCUGCCUCCGCCUUUGACACCUCCAUCCUCCGCGCUUCGUUCUCAUCAGCAUGUACCCCUGGGGCAGCAGCGACGGCGACAUCACGCGGACGUCUCUCGUCUAUCGCCACCAACGUCAGCGCCUAUUCAUCACCUGCUCAUUCGAGACAGCAUAGCCCUCAUCCCGACUUUCGUCAUGGUGAAAAUGCGUUCAUGAACAACUUUACGUCUUUCUCUCAAUUCUCCACACUCGUCCCCGAGUCCGCUGGGUCGUCCUUGGCGAACGGGAAUGGACCUAAUAGCAAGUGCAUCCCCCCUGCGUUAUUAUUCUCUACCCAGACCACACCUAAUUCGACACCAACGGGUUCGAGGAUAUCUUCACCUGUACCUGGAUCGACAGGUUCGUUAUCGAAGCCUUCCAGAAAACUCAACACCUCUGCUUCAGCACUCUCCCGUUCUAACUCACUCGUAUCACCAUCAACUCCUUCAACACCCACUUGUUCAUCCCCUCAAUCUCCCUCGUCUCAACAAACCGCCUCGAAGCCGUUCAAAUGCCCCACAGUGGGGUGCAACAAAUCAUACAAACAAGCCAAUGGGUUGAAGUAUCAUACUACACAUGGGCAAUGUAACUUUAUGCCACCGCAGCCUGGCUUGGAGGGGUUAGAUGAGAAGGAAGCGGAUAUAAAGUCCAGGCCUUACGUUUGUCAGGUUGGGAAUUGUACAAGGAGGUACAAGAAUAUGAAUGGUCUGAGGUAUCACUACCAGCACAGUGGGACCCAUGGAGCUGUUGGGUUGGCGUUACUUGCUAGUGGGCAGCACGCACUUCAAACGGGGAGUAAGGAGGUCCAUUUGGAUGACAGUGGGAAUGUGACAAUACCGGCAAGUAUUUUGAAUACGGCGGCUGUUAAUGCGGCGAAUGCUGCUACCGCUGCUGCGAAAGUUGCGGGUGGUGGCGCGGGGACGUCGGCUCCAUCAACUCCACAGUCAGUGACGGGUAUGAGCCCAGGGAUGCCUUCCAAUACGGUUUCGAGUGCGACGACGACGACAUUAGCGAAUACGUUGAAGAAUACGCAUAUCAAGAGUGGGAAUACAACGCCUGUCACUUCAAGGGCCGCUACGCCGUUGGGGUCGGCCACUUCGUCGCCUCGUUCACAUUCUCAUCAUGGACACCCAUUACCUUCCACAUCAAUUUCUUCUUCCCGUUCACCUGUUAGCUCUCAGCUCGCCACGAAUACAUCUUUCUCUUCAUCCCCAUCCUCCACCUCAUCAACUCCCAAUUCUACACUACUCUCAAAAUCACCCACUCCUAUCUCCACCCACCCUACGACUAACUCAACUUCGAUAACAGCGUCGUCGCCAUCAUCAUUAACAAUGACGUCGCCUUGUCCAGCACCUGCAAUGGGUUCCGUACCACCAGCGAAGUUGGGACAGUCACCGCAAACAAACCAUUACUUGCCGAAGCAGCAGACGCCUCCGCAACUGUAUGUUCAGGGUCAACCUCAGUAUGUUACUAAUGUGGGGAGUGUACCGCCAGGGUGGAGUGCGAGUAGCGUGUCAAUGUAUGGACAGAGGAUUGGUGGACUCGCGACGACGACAUCGAAUUGAGCUCGAGCUGAGUGGAUGGAAACGAACCGUUAACGAAGCCGAAAAAAGUACCAUACUUCCGAAAAAAAAUUCGGUGUUGCGCGUUAUGCAUCUGUGCAUGUGCGGGGGGGAGCACCCUGUACUGGUGUGGUGUAUCAUAC